CCUUUGAUUGGAACAGGCGCGCUACAAAGACCAGCCCAAAAGGUUUCAAAGCUCGAAAAAACGAACCGUUCAUUUUUCACAUUUUUCGUUUCGCGUUUCGGUUUUUAAGUUUGACAGGCAAAGUGUGAAAGAAAAAAAAAACAAACAUGCCCCGAAAAUGUGCCAGUGGUUUGAAACAUGAGUGUCCAUAACCCCUUUUCAGUUGAAAAUCGGUCGCAGUUUUCCUUCUACCUCCUCCUGAAGUUACUGGCUGCUUUUUGCGCCUUGCAAUGUAUUGCACCAGCAAAAGCGAACAUACAGCCCAUCGAACCGGAACGAAACAGUGACAAACGUGAAAAAGGUGCCGAAUUUUACCAAAGUGAAUCCCAGAGUAGUCAAGCCGUCAAGGAUGCCUUCUGGAGCCAGUUGGCCAACGAGCUGCAGGGUCGGUCACUUAAAGUUACCACUUUGGAGGACUGGCCCCUCAGCUACACCGAGCGUAUCAACGGUACCCUGUACGGGCGCGGAGUGGCAUUUGAACUGUUCGAGUUCAUCAUGGAGAAGUACAAAUUCAACUACACGCUGGUAAUGCCGGAGCACAACAUCGUCGGAUCGAGCAGCGACAUGGAAGGCAGUGUCAUCGAGCUUCUGGCCAAGGAAAAGGCGGAUUUGGCCGUAGCCUUUCUGCCCAUUCUGGCCGACGCUCGGCAGCACAUUCUCUACUCGGCCGGACUGGACGAAGGCGAAUGGAUGAUGAUUAUGGUGCGGCCAAUGGAAUCGGCCAGUGGUGCAGGGCUGCUAGCACCGUUCCAACGCGAUGUCUGGAUUUUGAUUCUGGUUUCACUGCUAGCCGUCGGUCCGAUCAUCUAUGCCCUACUCGUGCUACGGUACAAGAUGACCAAAGAUAAGGAACAGGCUCUCUACCAUCUGCCCCAUUGCGUGUGGUUUGUGUACGGAGCGCUGAUGAAGCAGGGCAGCACUCUGUCCCCCACCGGAGACUCGACGCGUAUCCUAUUUGCCACUUGGUGGAUAUUUAUAACUCUGCUCACCUCCUUCUACACGGCCAAUCUGACCGCUUUCCUUACGCUGUCGAAAUUCACGCUGCCGAUUAACAACGCCGAAGACGUACUUCACAAGGAGAAGCAGUUCGUCACCAUCCGUGGCAAUGCGGUCGAGUACGCCAUCAAGAACAGCGAUGAGGCCUUGAACUCGCUCAACACUCUGGUGGACAAGCAUCUGGUCGAAUUCGCAACGAAUCAAAACGAUAGUGAAAUUCUGAUGACGACGGUGGCCAAAAAGAACUACGUUUACGUGCGUGACCGACCGGCCUUCGCUCACAUGGUCUACAGUGACUAUCUGGUCCGACGCAAGGUGAAUCCGGUCAACGAACGAAGCCACUGUCCAUUUGCGGCUGCCACGACGCCGUUCCUGAAAAAGGUGCGAGCCUUCGCCUAUCCUAACACCACCCGCUGGAACAUCCUGUUCGAUGCACAGCUGCUGAAUAUGGUCGAAGGAGGAAUUGUCAAGUUCAAGCUCCUGGAAAACUUGCCGAAAGCGGAGAUCUGCCCACAGAACUUGGGUGGAACAGAACGACAGCUGAAGAAUCGUGACUUAACCAUGACCUAUUUGGUGAUGCUGACCGGAUUCGGAACAGCGAUUGUUGUGUUCGUUUCGGAGAUGUUCUUCCGAUUUUUGAAUGGACGAAUUCUAAACAAAGAACAGCAAUUCACACCUCGAACGAAUCCCACCGCGAUAGAGAAGUUGACUUAUGUUAAUGGUAAACCACGGUCCCUCGGGGACUCACCGCCACCACCGUACGCAGAGAUCUUCAGUCGACACACCAACGGAGGAACGUUGGGAUUUUUCGGCAGCAACAUCGAUCCGACCGCCGGUUCGCGUCGGAUGAUCAAUGGUCGAGACUACAUGGUAGUCAAAGAGAAAAACGGCAUCGGCUCGCAGCUGAUUCCGAUCCGGGCCCCAUCCGCAACCAUAUUUCAGUAUACAUACACAAACUAGGGAAAGGAAGGAGAAAACGCGAUUUGUGGGCUUAUAAAAAGUAUUUUUUAUAGUAAACUAAUUACAUUAUUCAGUGAUCGAACUGCAUUUUGACAAUAGUUUUCACUACAUAACAAGGCAAUAAAUAGUUCAACUAAUGUUUCACGACCUCUUGGACUGGUUCAACAAAUCUUCAAGACUCAUACCUCAACAUACACUGAACCUAUCUGGCAAAAUAUUAGAAGUUUGAAUGCAAAAAUAAUUUUUCAACUCAACCAGACUUUAAAUUCUUUCCACAAUCAAAAAUUUUAACCAGAAAAUAUUACAACUAUUUGAGCGCAUUAUUUCAAUGCUUCAUAGAAAAAUACGAUGACGCUAAACAAGCUUUGAACAAAGUUGAAAGGCUGCUGACUUUUGAGUACAGGAAAACAUUCUUUUUUACAAGCUUAGAAUAAAUAUUGUUGAGCAGAAAACUUUCCGUUUGUCUGCUGGUGUACCAUUUCAUUUCGCCUAACAAUAGUCCGGUGAUCAAAUAAUCACCAGACUCAGCUACUCCAAUGAACUGUUUCAACGAAAAGUUACUAGUAAGAAUUUAGCAUUAAGUGUAUCAUCAACAGUGUUUACAGAAUCGAGCAAAAAAUCAACAUAUGAAAUUUUACGAAACAGUUCAUGAACACAAUCGAAUGCUACGCGAAUCAAAAUGGCCGGCAGCCGAAAGCUAGUACAAUCAGUUACACGACCUUUGCUAGCUUUAUUAAUUCGGAAAUACCAGGUGGUCUUAUUUAGUUCGAAUAGCCGGUUUCAAGAGCAACUAUAUUAGUAUAAAUUAAUGUUAGCAAACAUCAAUUCAAACUAGAGUAUUAAGCAGAGGUUGCCAGACAUUAUCCCGAAACAAACAACAUGAUUCUUGGAUUUUAAAUGAUUAAAUCCUAAGAAUUAUGCUGGAAUAGAAUUAAAAUUUAAGCUAAUUAUAAUAAUGUAUUUCAUCAGUGGUAGAAGUUAUUCAAGCACACAAACCUAUAUUCUAUUGCACUCGCAAUCGUAUGUCAAAAUACAAAAAAAAAAAAUAAAAAAAAAACUAAGUUCUCUGCUCUAUCAGAAUGCAUUGACCUGGCAAUGGAAAAAAUGGAAACGAAUUUCUACUCAUUUUGUGGGUGUAUUGAUACAAUAAAAAAUGUUAGUGGCGUUAAAAAUAAUAUUGUCAUAGAUAAUUAUAAAAAGUAAUCGACUUGGCAAUGGAAACACGGCUUACGAUUUCGAAUCAAUUCGCUUAACAUGAUUGAUUACAAUAAAUAAAAAAAUACAUAUGGUUAAGGCAUUAGUAUAACUCACACACAUUGGAGUUCGAUGAUGCGCAUGGUAUUCAAGAGUUCGAUGAAUGUAGCAACAUAAGAAAGAUUUGGUAUACCAGCCGGAGUGAAAAAGAUUUUAAGCUCAAUGUCAGCACGGAAUAGAAUGAUUGAUUAAUAAUGAUUGAAAGUAUUUCUGCAAUGUUUAUUCAGGUUAUUCAAAACAGAUAGCAGCUUUAAAAAACCUUUUCUAGAAAUGUGAAGACUCACUUGAAAUAUUUCACAUUCAUGAAAUAAUUCCGUUACUGAAUUAUGAUUCUACAGCAUAAUCGAAAUAUUUCAUACUUCCUUUUCAAUCGUAUAUCCUUAUUUCUAAAAUCUGUAGAAUUACGUUAAAAAAGUGACUUAACGCUCAACCAUCAAAUAAAAGGUUUCAAUCCACAGUAUAAAAAAUUAUCAAAAGAAUUGCUCGACUGAUUAAAUUCAAAUCAGUGCUUGAACCGUCCAAUGUCGAAGGUGCAACAGCAAUGCUCAACACAGAAUAGAAAACCUGCAUUUAAAACAGUAUUUCAAACCCCCAGCACAAAAAAAAGUUAAAUAAGCAAUUGUAGAAACAAAACAAAAAUCACAACCGCACCUGGGUGAUUUUACAACAAACACCUUACAAGUGACAAAAUGUUCGAUUCAUUUUUCUUUCAAAGCAAAUACAAAAGCUUACACGUCCAGCUGUGGAGGAAUGUGG